UGUGCGCUGCGCUGCUUCUCAACCCAACACCAUCAACCACAUCCUCUGCGCCAGAUGGUUCUCUCAACACAGAUCGUCCGCCUGUCUGACAAGCUGCCUCUCGCUCAGUCAGUAGAUGAUGACCCUUCAGAUCGAGAGCUCAAAGAAGUCCCCGUGAAAGAGGUCAUCAAGCGACUGACGGCAACGAGCGAGAAUCGAUGCAGUAUCGAGAGUGGCAAGUUCAUGGUACACUAUCUGCUCUACCCGCCACCACCGCAGCCGACGCCCUCAACAUGCGUCUACCUGACCGUAUCCCAAAAGUCGUACCCUCGCAAGCUGGCAUUCGCCUUCCUCGAUGAGCUGGCAAAGGAAUUUGACCAGUCAUACGGCUCGCAAGUAGCACAGCGCAACCUCAGACCAUACGCUUUCGUUGCCUUUGGUGAGCAGGCCAGCCUCCCCUGCCUCAUCGCCCGCAUGUACGCUGACGUCCUCCGCUCUCGCGCAGACUCCUUCAUGUCCAAAUCCAAGCGAGUCUACGCAGAUGCCCGCUCAGCAGAGACAGUCGCCGCUGCCAAUCCACCUACAACCUCAUCCAACCUCGACCAGCUCAACAGCGACUUGCAAGACGUAACCCGCAUCAUGACAAAGAACAUGGAAGACCUCCUCUGGCGUGGCGACUCCUUGGAUCAGAUGAGCCAGAUGAGCUCGAGCUUGCGAGACGAGAGUAUGAAGUACAGGAAGGCGGCGAGGAGGAUCAAUUUGGAGGCAAUGCUCAGGCAGUAUGCGCCUGUGGGGGCCAUUGGCUUCUUGUUUCUGUUCAUUAUCUGGAUCAAGUUCUUUUGAUGGUAGCCGGAGCACGAGAGUAAAUACCAGCG